AUGUCACUAGGUGAUGCUAUUGGAAAAGCUAUCAAGGUAGAUGACACAACUCUCAAACGUGAAAUUGGAUAUUAUGCUAGUGUGCUGGUUGAAGUUGAUUUAGCUCAUAUUGUACCCCAUCGUGUUCUUGUAAAGUCCAAAUAUGGAUGUUUUGAGCAAGAGAUACAAAUUUCCAAAAUACCAAGUUUAUGCAGUCACUGCAAGGUGGUGGGGCAUUUAGUAACUGAAUGCAGAGUAAUGAGAAAGGAAAAUAUAGAGAAUGAUAAAUCUGAGACAAUUCCUACAAUAGUGCAUAGAAAAAUUUGGAGAAUGAAGGAAAAGAAGCAGCGGCACAUUGGUUUUGAUAUCUGUCAAUCUCCAAAAUCUCAAUUACCAACAGAAGUUGUGAAUGAAGGUCUUACUUAUGAUGAGAUAGUUGAUGUUGUCAUUACUCCAGCUGAGAAAUGUAUUGAAUCUGUAACUGAAUAUGGUAACCCAAGUGCUAAUUGUUUUUCUGGAAGUAUUGAAUCUACUGAAGAAUUUCCUUCACUUUCCACUGAGAACCUGGUUAAAGUCUCUACCAGUAUUCCUUCUCUAUUAAAUGAGUAA